AUGUCGCACUUGACUGUUUUCCACGCAUUCCUGGAUCACUCUUUUCCUCAAGAUAAUUACAUUGAUUCGGAACCUAGCUACGAAAGAUUAGCUCGUCAAGAUGUAGAAUGCACGUCUUAUGAAGCAAAACUUACUCGUGAAUGUAUUGGAGGUCAAUUAAAUCUCACAGAUUUGUUUUGCGAAAAUAUUUUUCCCACCGAGUGUGGUGUCACCAAGUUUGGAGAGAUGAAGACUGAGGCUGUUAUCGUGCGUGCGAUCGAAAAAGUUAGGGAUAGUGUUUUUAGCAAACUUGGUUCUCGACUUUCUCAUAAUCGAUCUGUACUCAGACCAGGAGCUAUCAAAUAUGAGUCAGCAGCAAUUGAUGUUGUUUUGGAUGCCUCUUUCUCAAUUGUUCCUCGUGAGACUUUGGCCAAUUGGACUGGUUCAACUGAAAUUGGCAUUAGUUCUUCGUCAAGUACUGAAAGUUUGAAUCAUGGUAAGAGGGUAGAUAUAAAUAAGAAAACAAAAGAGCUGCUGGAAAAAAGAAUUCGAAAUUCCAAACCUCAACCGUCAUACAUCUUUCAGGAGGAUACCACUUGUGAACUCCCACCUUUAACUGAACUUGUGGACAACCCGGCAUUCAAUUGGAAAUUUGAACUAGAUACCUUUCAAAAACAAGCUAUUUUGUGCCUUGAGCGUAAUCAAACAGUCUUUGUAGCAGCCCAUACUUCGGCUGGGAAGACGGUUGUCGCAGAAUAUGCUUGUGCUCUCUGUCGACGUCGGGGCACAAGAGUUAUCUAUACGAGUCCGAUUAAAGCUUUAUCGAAUCAAAAGUUUUAUGAUUUCAGACAGACAUUCGGAGAUAGUGUUGGACUAAUUACAGGUGAUAUCAAACUGGCUCCCGAAUCUACAAUUCUAAUAAUGACCACGGAAAUUCUGCAUAACAUGUUGUGUAACGAUGCUGAUGUUAUCAGAGAUCUGGAAAUAGUCAUUAUGGACGAAGUUCAUUAUGUCAAUGAUGUAGAAAGAGGUCAUAUAUGGGAACAAAUUAUGAUAAUGCUGCCUAAACACGUGUUAUUAGUUAUGUUAAGUGCAACAGUUCCUAAUAAACUUGAUUUUGCUGAUUGGUUAGGACGUGUACGUGGAACUGAAGUUCAUGUAGUUGCAACUAAUAAACGUCCAGUUCCAUUGGAACAUUUUCUUUUUACCGGUAUGGAUGGUCAACGUAGUAAAGAUCAUCUUCAUCUAAUUGUAGAUCAAGCUGGUCAAUUCAGUUUACCAGGUUAUAAACAGGCAAAUCGUAUGCUUAGCGGCGAAAAAGAUGUUGAUAAAAAGAAACCUACUGAAAAUCCGGCAAAUCCAUCGAAUGCUAAAAACGUGCCACGAAAGAAUACUGGUGGUAAAGUGAAUACUCCAGGUCAUUUCCGUGCAUUACCACCAACUAACGGAAUAAGUGUACAUGAUCAUCGUACCAAAAAUUUAUGGCUUGGAGUAAUUCACCUUCUUCAAGAGCGUGACCUUAUGCCAACUAUAGCAUUUGCCUUUUCUCGAUCAUCAUUGGAAACUCUGGCUGGUCAUUUAUCUUCAGUGGACUUGUUAAAUUCAAGUGAAAAACAACAAGUUAAAAAUUUUCUACAUUGUUCUGUCACUAAACGAUUAAAAAGAUGUGAUCGUCAACUUGCUUCAGUUCAGUUUAUUAGUAAAUUAGCUGUUAGAGGAUUAGCUGUUCAUCAUGCUGGAAUGUUGCCUAUUUUGAAAGAGACAGUGGAGAUGUUAUUUCGACGUGGCUUAAUCAGAAUCUUAUUUGCUACUGAAACAUUUGCGAUGGGUGUAAAUAUGCCGGCUCGUUGUGUAAUCUUUACUACGUUGGAGAAAUUUGAUGGUCAAAAACGUCGUCCUUUAAAUUCAAGUGAGUAUACACAAAUGGCUGGGCGUGCAGGUCGUCGUGGUUUAGAUGCUUCCGGUUCUGUAAUUAUUCUACUUGGUGGAAUUGGUAAAUCACUUACACCAGGUAGUUCGGGUUUACCAUCUGAGCAUACACUGUGUGAUAUUAUUCUUGGAAGACAAACUCAAUUAGUUUCGAAAUUUAAAAUCACCUACUCUAUGAUAUUACAUUUACAUCGAACUAAUUGGUUAACUCCACAGGAUGUAAUGCGACGAAGUUUCAUGGAAGCAGCCAAUCUUAGACGUGAACUUGACCGUAAGCAGUGGUUGUCAGCUUUACGCAAAAAACUCGAUGAAACAACUACUCUUAUACCACCUGCUGGAUUAUCAUCAAAUAUACCUCAUCAAAUUGCUCGUAGUUCAAAUAGUAAAGUUACAAUAUCUAUGAAUAAUAUUUCUCGUUUAUCUGUACCAAUCGGUGAACCUAUUUUACAAGUGAAAUGCCCUUUUGGUCAAAUAAGUUGUUGUGAUGCAAUGACUACUUAUUAUCAGGCCUGUUGCAAUUAUCAAAAGCUUACAUCAUCCAUUGUCCGUUUACUUUCUGAAGAAAAUCUAACUGAUCUACAAAAAGUCUUCUGUCCAGGUCGUAUAGUAUUUAUUAAUCUACCACAAACUGAUAAUUCAUCAUUGUAUAAUAAAGUAACAACAAAACAACCCAAUUGGUUAGUACCAGGUGUUUUGGUUAAUUUAACAAAGAAAAAAUUCAAGAACGAAAGUGAAAUACAAUGCGAUAUUAUCACUUGGGAAUUGUCUAAUUUACCAAAUCAUUCUAGAUCAUUUAAAAAGUGUAAUCAUCAAUCGAUAAAUCAGACCGUUUCAGUGAAUGAUGUAAAUGAUAGAAAACAAGAAAAUAUUAGCAAUAACACUACUCAAUGCAAUGAAUUUGAUGAAGAGGAUAUUUUGAAAGAAGGUGAAGAUUCUCAACUGUCUAAUACACCAUACCCUCCACAAUUAAUGCCUGUUUAUACACCUGAGUCAAUGGAAGAUGGUUAUGCUCGUUUAACGUUAUUAUCCAAUUUGUCUAUUCGAUCAUUUGUACGAAUUACUGAUCAUGUUUUUACUGUAAAACAAUAUUGUAAUAAUACUGUAAAUAAUGCAAAUAUAACGCCAUCAGAAUUAUUACUUCGUGGUAUUAAACGUCAUCGUCAGCAAAUAGCAGCUAAACAAGCUGGUAUGCAUUUAGUGAUUGGUUCAAACUCAACUGCAAGUGAUUGUGAUCCCCUAGUUCUUAUGGAUGAAUUAAAUGCGAAUUUAUUUAAUCUUGUAAUUUCAUUGAUGCCGGAAUCUUCUAUGUCACCGAUGUUUGGUCUACCAGUUAACUGCCCUACUAAAGUUGACUUACGAACAUCAUUGAAGUUCAAAGGAAUUUCAGAGGAGGAUGCUUGUGUGUUUGAUGAACACGCUUUACUCAGUGAUGAACUAACAACACCACUUCUGACAUCGGUUAUUACUCAGCGUUUGGCUCCGAUUAGUUGUCCUGAUCUUGUAGCACAUUUGGAACUGAUUCACCGUACCUGCCGUCGAAGAUGGGCUGUAAAACGAAUUGAAGAUAGUUUAUCUAAUUCGCAGUUACAAUUAAAUACGGAGUAUGUGAAACGUUUGUGUGUUCUUGAAGAAUUGGGUUUUAUCGAUUCAGCAACACAUACUGGUUGUUUGACUUUAAAAGGUCGAAUUGCUUGUGAAUUGACAAAAAUGGAAGUGUUAAUUACUCAACUAUUACUAAAUGGUUCAUUCACUGAUUUAUCGGCUCCUGAUUUAGCAGCUGUUUUAUCGUGUUUUGUAUUUGAAACACGUUCCACUACUGAUACAGAACAAUUACAACAACACGAUGGACAAUAUUUACACAGUCUACUUGGAUCUCUAAUGAAUUUUACUAAUGAUGAUUGUAAUCAAAAUCAUCUGUCUAAUAGUUGUUCAGAUGUUACUUCUUAUCCUUCAAAUCUUAUACCUGCAUUACAAAAGAUUGUACUAUCUGCUAUAGAGCUAGAGCAAUUACAGACUAAAUAUGGUCUUACUGAUCCAUCUAUAGACACAAGGAUAACUCUACAAGCUGUAAAUGCUGUUUUUGCUUGGGCUCAAGGUUAUUCAUUCUCAUCAUUGGUUAGUAUGACUAGUGUUCCUGAAGGUCACUUGGUUCGUGGCUUAUUACAACUCGAUGAACUAUUACAUCAUAUAUGCAAUGCUUGUCAUCAUCUGGGUGAUAAAAAUUUAAGUUUACGAAUGAAGGAGGCAAGAAGUUUAAUAUUGCGAGAUCUUGUAUGUGCUCCAAGUUUGUAUACUGCAGAUGAUCUUGUGUGA